AUGUCGGGCCAGCAGGGCAAAUGGCGCGAGGAGCAGGUCCUCGUCAUCUGCCCGGGGAGCCAGACGACCAUGGCGCAGCUGGGCUGCAACGAGCUCACGCCGCCCGCGCACCGGAUACCCACGCGGAUGUUCAAGGACGACGACGACGAGGGCGGCGGCUACAGGCCGUACUACACCUACAAGCGCCGGAAGAGCGGGGUGCCGACGCCCCCGCCUGGGGACGAGAAGAAGGACGGUGUUGAUGAUGAGGACAAUUAUGAGUGGGUGGAGGACCGGGACAGUACGGAAGGCGCGGUGUAUCCGUUACAAGGUGGUCGCAUUGUCAACAUGGAGGCCUUUCUGGCAUUUCUCGACCACGUCCACGGCCUGCUUACGACGACAUACCACAACACCCCUAUAGUACUCAUGGCCUCGCCGCAAUGGUCGAGACCCGACUGCGAGACGAUCACUAGGUACAUCUUUGAGAAGACCAAGACGCCUGCUCUGUGCCUCCUGCACAGCGCCGUUGCCGCGCAGUACGGCUUGAAGUGGCCCACCAUGACGGUGGUGGACAUUGGCUUCGAGAAGGUCGAUGUCACGUGCAUCUACGACAACCUGAUUGUCAGCCAUCGCGAUCUCGGCUACCCGAACCCGGAGCGGGAGAUCUCCGGUGGCGAGGUGUUCACGCAGAAACUGCUCUCACUUCUCAAGGACAAGAACUUCACCUAUGACAUGGCAGAGCAGUUCAAGAAGAGCCAGCUUUGCGAAGUCUUGCCUUAUGCUCCUGACCAGCCCGAACUCAUGGAGCUGCCGACAGAGGGCGGCGCCGCCGCCGCGAUUGCCCCCGGCGGUGCUCCAGUAUUGGAUGCCCCGCGCCCUGGGGAGCCUGUGAAGGCUGCUCCUGUGAUUGGAGCAGUAGACGGCGAGUUUGGCAAUGGGGAGGACAAGGCGGAGGACGAGGGUGUCCUUGACGUUGCCAACAUUGUCACGAGCGGCAACACGCGCGAGUUCCUGGCCAAGAAGGAGAAGGAGAAGGCUGAGAAGGCCAAGACGAAGAAGGGCAAGGCGCAAGAGGCCGAGGCCGCGACGGCACGUGCGGUGCGCCUGCCAAACUCGAAGCGCAAGAUCGGCGUGUUCCACUACGAGGAGCUAGUGCACGAGGAUGUCCAGGUCCCGGUCGCGAACGGCGCGCCUGUCGCCCAGCUCGAGGCCGCCAUGGCUGCGGAGGCAGCGCCUGCAGCAGCUGCUAAUACUGCUGAUGCCUCUGCUCCUGCGGCUGAAGUCAAGCCCGAAGGCGACGAUACUGCCAUGAUCUCGGGAACAGAGGAGAAACCAGCGGCCGCGGCUCCUGCACCUCCCAGUGAGCCCGAGGAAACUGUCACAGAACGUAGGACGAAGCGGGUACGGAGAGACGUGGAGGUUGGCUUGGAGAGAUUCCAGUUUGCGGAUCGGGCCGAGAUCGACCGGAUAGCAGAGACCAUCUACCGGGCAGUCCAGGGUGUGGACGAGGUCUACAAGCGGUCCUCGUGCUGGGAGCACAUUGUCUUUGUAGGCAACGGCAGCCGGCUCAAGGGCCUCAAGGAGAACAUCAUCCAGACGCUGACGGCGCGCCAUCUCAUCUCGCCAAGCACUGCCACAAUCUUCACCUCGGAACUGCCCUCAAACAUGGCGACCCCCAUAGGCACGGGCUCGCAGACGCCUACGGGAUCGGCUACGGGGCAGUUGCCGACGUCCAGCUCGGUCAACCCGCUCCUCCAGGCCGCCACGACCGGCUCGAUGGGCAUCCCGGGACAGGUGCACGUGCCGGGCUCCAAUGCCGGUGACGCCAUGCAGGGCGGGCACCACUCGCACCACUCGCACGGGCAGACACCGAUGAACAUCAAGCUGGCGACGCUGCCAACGUACCUGGCCGAGUGGGCCAAGAAUGGCUUCGAGGAGGCCAACUUCCUGGGCUCGCUGGUGGCGGCGCGGCUGGCGUUCUGCAUCCACAACCUGGACAUGGCGGGUGUCGAGGCGCAGCGGAUGAUGAGUCUGAAUCGCGUUGAUUACAACGAGUUUGGACCCAAAGCUAUCCGAUCACACUCGAUGCUCGGCUCGUAG